CUCCUGUCAGAUUUAAUGACAAAAAAUUCUCAGAUGUGAGUAUUUCAUCCUGAGAAAUCUGGUUUGGGUGAUACCUGUCCUCAGGUCUGGACAUUGCCUUACAGUGCCUGGAUGCAGGACAGAGCCAUUGCCUGUAAGGAACCUUUAUCCUGGGAUGUGUAUCCAUUUUGGGAGUAGUGUGAGGUAACCAAUAAGUAGGGAAGUUGAAAGGAGUUGAAAAGAGCAAUAGAGGUCUGCUUCUGCCAAGGGAUGAGAUGUGACCCUGAAGGCAGCAGGGUAGCACUCCACAGUAUCUGCUCAACAGCUCUGCCCCUUUGACCUUGGGCAGACCCAAGGGGUUGAUUAUUCACCAGGGCUGUGAUUUACUCUCAGCUGGCAACUCCCAGCUCAACUCAGUGGCCCCACAGGGCCACUCACUCUUUCACCUGCAAUGGGAUGGGGGAGGGAAACAUGAGGAGUCAUGGCUGAAAUAAAGACAAUUAAAUACCUAAAGCAAGAGCUAUGUGUGCAAGCAAAGCAAAGUAAAGAAUUCAUUCUGUCCUUCCACCAGUCAAAUGUUCAGCUGUGUCCAGGGCUCCAUCACCCAUGACAGUGACAUGGUAAAACAAGUGCCUUAGCUUUCAGCAUCUCUCUUUCCUUCUUCUUCCCUCACAUUUUAUUGCUGAGCAUGACUCCAUAUAGGAUAGAAUAAUCCUUGGAUCAGUUGGGGUCAGGUGUCCCAUCUGUGUCCUCUUAUAAUUUCUUGUGUACCUUCAAGCUACUCUCUGGCAGCUCAGUGUGAGAAUCAGAGGAGGACCUGACACUGUGUAAUUACUGCCAGCAAUGACUAAAACAUCUCUGUGUUACCAACAUUGUUUUCAGCACAAAUUCAACACAUAACUCCAUACCAGCCACUAUGGGGAAAAUUAAUUCCAUUGCUGUGAAAAUCAGCGCACACUCUUGUUAAAAGAUUAAAGUACAACAUUGAACCAAACUGAUUCACUUAAAAGCAGUUAGACAGGACUUACAUCUGCCAGGUGUACAUGAAAAAGUGAAGUGGAAUGGAUGUCCUACUGGUGUCUUUAUCCUUUCAGGAACCAAUUGGCUUGAACAAAUGGUGAAGGAGUUGGCAGAUACCAAAUAUACAGAAGAGGAAAUGAAAGAGAGAAUAAAUGCUGAAAAGAAGCUAGAGACAUUUUAGCAUCUAGAAUUUGGGGAUCGUGGGAUAUAUGAGAUAAGCAGGGAAAUUCUGGGUAGAAGAAAGAGCAAGAUAUGCUUGUGUAAAUAAUCUAUAGUAGAGCAAUCAGAUAUUAUGACAAGCUUUGACCUGGUCAGGAAAGGUGACCAGCAUGAAAAAGACUCUACUAAUCUAGAUGAAUAUAAAAUAUGAAUGAGAAUCCUAGAAAAGUUUACAGCACAUUAGUUCUCUGGCCAAAAGGGUCUUUUAGAGAAGUUAAGAAAAUCCACCCUGAUCUGGUACUAAGGAUUAGUUUUCAUCUCUGUUUAAGUAAUUUCUAUAUUGUAAAAACAACAUUGUUAGUAUCAUGCAGGCUGCUACAAAAUGUCAUGCAAUCCUGACAUAAUAGGUCACGUGUAAUCAUGAAAGAUUGUUCCUCUGCAUUUCUUUAUGUGCCUAUACCCCCAGACAGCAGCCCCUGCCAGUCUUCAAAAGUUCUCCUGCACUGAUCAUUUUGAUGGACCAUCUUCCCACCAGGACACUGGGUCUGAAGCUCUCCUGGAACAGCCAUAGAAGGGUCGUGGACAGGGUGCAGUCCCUUUAUUAAGAGUCCUUAAUUUUAAUCCCACUCUGCCUGAGCUCCUCUGAGCUUGUGGAGACAGGCCUUGGAUGAGCUGAUGCUAUGGGAGUAUGUGGGCAGGGUAAUGUUUUGAUUCCCCCUUCAUUGCUGUGCUGUGCUCCUUUGUGGGUGUGCAGACAGCUUUGGCCUCAUAACCUAAGCCAUCCUAACCCCCUGGGCUCAGUUUGAAGGCUUUGAUUCUCCUCUGAUCAGAUCCACACUAACUUAUUCCAAGAGGAAAAUGAUGCAUAUGACAUUUCCAUUGUAGAGCAAAUUCUACUUUAAGCCCAGCUUCUCGUGGGCUCAAUCACAGAAGCUCAGGGCAUCUCACGACCUUUGCAGGCUUUUCUUUGCUGUUAUUGUUCUUGUUGUUGUUGUUGUUAUUGCAGAUCAAUGAUGAGGGGAGUUUUUGGGUCCCUUCUUGAAGGCAUCAAUCAUAAUGGAACUACCUAAACACGGAGUAGGUUGUUAUAGAGAACUAAUUUUUGGACGCCUUCUCCAGAGUUUUACUGAGAUAAAUGCAGAUCACAGAAAUAAAUAUAAAAGCAUACCUCUUCUUAUUUAGCAUUUGGGAGCGCAUGUUUUGAAGCUUUCAUUCUUUGAAGCUGUUUCAUUUAACAGGGAAUGAAUCUGCAUGAGCAGAACUGUGCACCAUGUAAGGGCCAGCUGGCACUGUCCUGUAGCUGUCACAGAAAUGUCUCCAGCCUCCUUCUGCAAAGCUCCAUAACCAGCUGUUAAUUCAGUGACAGAGCCUGUGUGUGAGAGAGAGAAGAAGAAUGGAGAAAUCCAGGACAAACCCUGUUGGUUUGCUAGAUGAGGCAGUAGCAGCUGCCAACUCCAUGCGUCGUGAUGAACUGCUCUUUUCUUACAAGGGAAUUCUCUACCCUACUACUGUUUGCAGUCCUGAAAAUUUCAAAGCCUUUGAGUCCUUUGAAGCCAGAAAGGAUGAUGUAAUUUUGGCAGGAUACCCUAAAUCCGGCACAAACUGGCUAAGUCAAAUCUUAACUGAUCUGAUAGCCAUAUCUCAAAAGAAAACACCAGGUAGUGAAAGCACUGUGAAUGCUGAAAAACCAGAAGAAGAAGCAUACUUCGAAGUUGGAGAUGCUGGGAAAUAUGAGCGAAUGACCAAAUUACCUUCUCCAAGAUUUAUGGUUACUCAUCUCCGUCCUGAAAAUCUUCCCAAAUCUAUCUUCAAAACAAAUGCCAAGAUAUUGUUAUUGAUUCGGAAUCCAAAAGAUGUUGCUACAUCUUAUUACCAUUUUUCCAAUGCCCUGGCACUUCUUCCCUCCUAUGAGACCUGGGAUGAUUUCUUCACAGAUUUCAUGACAAAGAAAAGUACAGUAUAUGUUUCUGUCUAUGUCAAUUGUCCAAUGAUUUGUUAUUGUGUAAAAACCUUUGUUCUUUG